AGCGACUCGUAGGCGGUAGCGCCCCGGCUCCAGCAGCCAUGUCUGGCCGCAACAACAACAAGCUGCCCAGUAACCUGCCCCAGCUGCAGAACCUGAUCAAGCGGGACCCGCCGGCUUAUACCGAGGAGUUUCUCCAGCAGUAUCGUCACUACCAGUCCAAUGUGGAGAUUUUCAAACUCCAGCCCGAUAAGCCCAGUAAGGAGCUGGCUGAAUUGGUGAUCUUCUUGGCACAGGUUGGGCACUGCUAUCCAGAACAUCUUGUUGAUUUUCCACAACAGCUGAAAGAACUGCUUUCUUACAACCACACCGUUUUGGAUGCAGAUCUUCGAAUGACAUUUUGCAAAGCUCUGAUCUUAUUAAGAAACAAGAAUCUCAUAAACCCUACAAGUUUGCUGGAACUCUUCUUUGAACUCCUGCGCUGCCAUGAUAAACUUCUGCGAAAAACUUUAUAUACUCACAUUGUGACAGACAUCAAGAAUAUAAAUGCUAAACACAAGAACAAUAAAGUGAAUACAACACUGCAAAAUUUCAUGUAUACUAUGUUAAGAGACAGCAAUCCUACUGCAGCCAAGAUAUCUCUGGAUGUUAUGAUUGAACUAUAUAGAAGGAAUAUUUGGAAUGAUGCCAAAACAGUAAAUGUUAUCACAACAGCCUGCUUUUCCAAAGUCACAAAGAUACUAGUUGCUGGUUUGAAAUUCUUCCUUGGGAAAGAUGAAGAUGAGAAAAAAGACAGUGAUUCAGAAUCUGAGGAUGAAAUGCCCACAACCAGAGACCUCAUGGUGAGAUAUGCAACAGGAAAGAAAACCACCAAGCACAAGAAGAAGCUGGAGAAAGCCAUGAAGGUUCUGAAGAAACACAAGAAGAAGAAAAAGCCAGAGGUGUUUAACUUCUCCGCUAUUCAUUUGAUCCACGAUCCCCAAGAUUUUGCAGAGAAACUCCUAAAGCAGCUAGAGACCUCCAAGGAACGAUUUGAAGUGAAGAUGAUGCUCAUGGACCUUAUCUCUAGACUAGUUGGAAUACACGAGCUCUUUCUCUUUAACUUCUAUCCCUUUGUGCAGCGGUUCAUGCAGCCCCAUCAGAGAGAAGUGACCAAGAUCCUUCUUUUUGCUGCGCAAGCGUCUCAUCAGCUGGUGCCGCCAGAGAUCAUCCAGUCAGUAUUAAUGACCAUAGCCAACAACUUUGUCACUGACAAGAAUUCUGGGGAAGUUAUGACUGUAGGAUUGAAUGCGAUAAAAGAGAUAACGGCGAGAUGUCCUCUGGCUAUGACUGAAGACCUGCUCCAAGACCUCGCCCUGUACAAAUCUCAUAAAGAUAAAAAUGUAAUGAUGUCUGCAAGAACUCUGAUACAUCUCUUCCGAUCAUUGAAUCCGCAGAUGUUACAAAAAAAAUUCAGGGGUAAACCUACUGAGGCCUCAUCAGAAGCCAGAAUCCAUGAGUAUGGAGAAUUAGAUGCCAAAGAUUAUAUUCCAGGAGCAGAAAUAUUAGAGGUUGAGAAUAAGGAAGAAGGAGGAAUACACGAGGAAGAUGGAUGGCAAAGUGCCAGUUUCAGUGAGGAGGAAGACGACGAAGAUGGGGAAUGGAUAGAUGUGCACCACUCCUCAGAUGAGGAGCAGCAAGAAGUAGCGGAGAAGAUCAAACGCAUGCCUGUAGAAGAGCAGAAAGCCAAAGCAGCAGCAGUUAGCACAAGUCGGGUUUUAAGUCAAGAAGACUUCCAGAAAAUACGCCUGGCCCAGAUAGCCAAAGAACUCAACUCGGCACCUGGCAAAGCUGCAAAGAGGAAGAACAUUGAAAUAGACAGCGAUGAGGAGCGCAGGGGAGAGUUGCUUUCGCUCAGAGAUAUUGAGCAUCUGCAUAAGAAGCCUAAAUCAGACAAGGAAACAAGACUGGCCACAGCCAUGGCUGGAAAGACAGACAGAAAAGAAUUUGUGAAAAGGAAAACGAAAAUGAAUCCAUUCGCAAGCUCCACUAACAAAGAGAAGAAGAAGCAGAAGAACUUUAUGAUGAUGAGAUACAGUCACAACGUCCGAACAAAAAAUAAACGUUCCUUCAGGGAGAAACAGCUGGCAUUACGAGAUGCACUUUUGAAAAAGAGAAAAAGACUGGUGAAAUAACUUAAAACAACAAAGGAGUGGACUGUUUUAUAUCCUUACUGUGGGUACAGUAAUAACCCUGGAAACAGUUUUUAUAUUGGAAAGUACAGGAUCACCUGUACUGAAGAAUUGGAUGUCCAUUGCAUAUAACUCUGAAUACAACUGAUGACUGAAUAUAACUCUGCAGCACCAAA